GAGCAUUUAUUUAUAUUCCUCUUUCAACUAAUUACUGAAUUAUGUUAUACAUCAGAGUUUGGGUCAUGAAAGUCGAUUUAUAUUUUUUCGAUUGCGGAAUCGAUAUUUACACUAACUGAUAAAUUUAAUGUCAAAUGGAAACAUUGAUGAUGAAAUCUCUUCUGCUGAGAGAUUGCUAUCCUGGAGACCAGGGAUUCAGUCCAACUCUUUACCAUCUAAAGGUGGCCCUAAAUUCUUUGGAACCAGUGACACUGUUGUUGAAGAAUGUAAGGUGAAUACACAAUUGGAUAAAUAUGCUUCUGUACUACACUCGGAAAAAGUCAGGAAAUUGAGUAAUCUGGGAAGUGCGGAAUGGAUGGAAAGUCUGGGAGUAGCAAAAAUCACAAAGCAAGGUAAAUUCAUGCAAAGCAUGUGCCAUCAUAAUGGUGAAUUUUUUGCCCUUUUUGGUGAAGAGGCAUUGUUCCUACUAGACAUUGGUGACUUAGAGUUAACUUUAAAUGGUGUCCCACUGGCACUGCAAGAGGCUUACUCGUUUAUUUUAAACAAUGAUAAAAGCUGCUGUAGCUUACAGGAUUAUCAGGUAUAUUCAUAUUUGGUCAAACGAGGAUAUAUUGUCCAGAGGUACUCGUUAGGUGACAAUUGUACUGGACUUGUGGAAAAAGAAAAAGCAGCCAAACGAAAGCUUCCUAAGGAUGAUGAAUUCGAAGAAGGAAACUCAAAACAAUCCAAACAAGAUCCCAAGGUAGUUUUAAAAGAAAUUUUGUCUCCAAAAUCAUCUAGAGGUUGGAAUAUGCAGUCUCUUCCAGCAUUAUCUCCAUAUUCACUUUCCCAUUGUACUUCCAUAUUAGAUGCAAAAUUUUUUCCCAAUCUAUCAAAUAAGUCAUAUACAUAUUUGCCAAAGCCAGAUGCAAGUCUAAUACCACCAAAUAUUGACGCACAUGAGUAUAAUAUUGAAGAAAUCUGGUUUCAACGAAUCCAAAAGGAUUAUGUCAAUGAAAAAAGAAACCCACAACAUUCAAAUAUGAUUAACCUUAAUGAUAUUGCGCGGGGGGCAAAAACAUGGACUGAAUAUAAGAAAAUGGUGAAAAUAGCCAAGCAUAAAAAGACUGGUAAGCAUUUUGAGCUGCUUGAUAAGAUGCAUUCAGGCAAUAUUAAACCCUUAUUACAUCCAUCACAGGCAACUAGUGUGGAUCAAGUUGUCAAAGAAAUAAAACUAACCAAUGAUGCAUCUGAUAAAAAAUUUCAAAACAUGCAACCACAUAACCAAACUUGUACCAUUAAAUAUAAUGUGUUUAAGAGUGAUUCAUUACCUUUCAAAAAAACAAAUCCUGGUACACCAUUUUGUAGGAUAGUUGUAACAACAAUUCAGGACGAAUUUCCUGAUAUACUGACUAAUAUUACUAUUAAUAGACAAUCAAAUAGUGUCCCAGUCAAAUAUGGAGUUGUUGAUUAUGGACAAAUAUCAUUUUUUUCCAUUGAUGAAGGUGGUGUUCCCACUAUAAUUAAUGAUUCGUGAUAGUGUUUUCAUCUCUCAUGCUCCAAAAUCAGACAUGAUUUUCAAGAUUGGCAAUAAAUAUUAUUUUCAUAAAUAAUGAGUCUGAUAUUUGAUAGAAGUUGCACGGUGACGAUGAACAUUAUCUCAGUGUUUCUCUGCGACAACUAACUGCUUGGAAAUAUUUCUUCAAAUUUGUUGAGGAUGUACUGAAAUUAUUCAUGUUUCAUAAAAUUUUCUGCAUUGUAUAUCAACAAAACAAAAUAUAUUUUACAAUACAGUG